AUGUCUGAUGAUGAUGAUAUUCCACCAUUGGAAGAUAUUCCAAUAAAUACAGUACCGACAAAACCAUCAGCAACACCAGUUGUAAAAUAUGUUGAAGCACCAUCGAACGAAAAACCAGCAAUAGACAAGAGUUAUGCUGGUAUGAAAAAAGGAUUUUUAAAUAGUAGUUCAACAUCAAAAUCGAAAUCAAACGAAUUAAUUGAAGUAAUACGUAGAAAACCUGAACAAACGAAAGAUUUUCGAGUAUUAGAUGAGGUUCAACAAGUUAUUAAAGAAGAACAACAAUCAAAAAAUAGUUGGUUAACAAAUGAUCUAUUAAAACAAAUUGAAGGUGAUGAAUCUUUAGCAAAAAACUUUUCAAAUCCAUAUUUUAUGGAAGCUAUUAAUUUAUUUCAACAAAAACCUGAAGAAGCACUUAAGAAAUAUGGACAUAAUGCUGAAGUAAUGACGUUCUUUGAUAAAAUGGCAAAAAUACUUGGUACUCAUUUUACUUCCAUAGCAGAUAAAGAAGAUAAACAAAAAAAGACAAAUGUCGAUCCUGAAGUAAAUAAACUUUUACAAGAUGAACAAGUUCGUCAAUUAUUACUUGAUCCAGAUGUUGUUAAAUUUAUGAAAUUCUUACGUGAAGAACCUGAUAAAGCACAAUGGGUAAUGCGUACGGCUGAUGCAACUAUGCGUGGUAAAAUUCAACGACUCGUUGAAUUAGGUUUACUUAGUGUGGCUUAG